CUUCCCGUCUAGGACCCUGUAGAAACAAGUAAUGGGGUGUAUAGUUUCAUGUAUCCAAGGGAUAUUUCAAUGUAUCGGAGACGCCGUCAUGUGCAUCGUGGCGAGUAUCGCUGGGUGCCUGGAGUGUGUUAUCGGGUGGAUAUUCAAUUUCGUUGCGACGAUCUUUGAUUGUCUGACGUGCGGAUGUUGUCGACGUUGAAUGGGGCUCCAGGACGUAUGAAUGUCCUGGGGCCGAAACCCAUGUUGUUGAACGAGUGGACGGUUGUCGAUUAUCUAUAUAAGAUUUCAGUGUCAUGUCCGGAAUCAUGAGAUACCCUGUACAUAUUUGAUUGCGGAAGGACUCAAAUGUGUGCUAGCUUAUUGUC